AUGGGCAUCUUCUCGCGUCGUCGUGACUACGACGACUACGAUGAUCAAUACAGGCAUUCGCAGAACCACGGGACUGGCCUGAGCAAUGUGAACAAUAACCAAGGCUUCGGCCCAGGCUCAGGCCAUCACCACGAUCAGGGCUUCAACUCCAACGCUCCUGGCGCCGAACACAAUACUGGCUUCGGAACAGGCCAUAACACGACUGGACCAUUCCACGGCGAUACAAACACCCACCACGAUCAGAAUACCAUCAACCCCCUCAACAACAGCACGUCCGGCACGACCGUUGGCCAUCACAACAACACUGGGCUCAACAAUCCGAACACAAAUAUAUACAACAACAACUACCCCAACGACCACUACGACGACCGCCACAGCCGCCACCGCAGCCAACGCCGAGGGCGCAGGUCAGGCGGAGGCUUCCUACGCCGCCGCAGCCGCAGCCGCAGCUACGACCGCGAUUACGACCGCGGGUACAACAGUCACACCGAGGGCCGCAACUCAGGAUACGGCAGCAGCCUGAGUAAAGGCCGCCACAACCGCGACUACGACCACCACCAGAACUCCAGAAUGUCCAACCGCCGAUCCCGCUCCCGCAAGCAACGUCAAAUGUUCGACAUGGAGAGCGGCGCCUUCAACCACCGACCCAAGUUCGGCCAAUGGCUCAAGUUCAUCUGGUUGGACCUCCUCACCAUGGCCAUCAUGGGCGCCAUUGGCCUAGGAGUCUACUUCGCUGACCCAGCCCCUUCCCGCUCCUUCCCCGUAACCUUCGCCCGCGGCUCCCAAGACGUCGUGUACCCCGAAGUCGCCUAUCCACUCCGCAACGAGAUCGUGCCUAUUUACGCGGCCGCUCUGCUGGCCAGCCUGAUCCCUAUUUUGAUCAUCCUCCUGAUGCAGAUCAGGGUGAAGAGCUUCUGGGACGUCAACAACGCCAUACUCGGCCUCCUCUACAGCCUGAUCGCGGCCGCUGUCUUUCAGGUUUUCCUGAAGUGGCUGGUUGGUGGGCUCCGACCGCAUUUCCUGGCCGUGUGCAACCCAGACCCAUCGCAGUUGUUGGCGAAUGGGAACGGAUACCAGGGGAUCAUGUUCGAUCGGAGGAUCUGUCGUGGGAGUCGCAAGGCGGUGAAUGAUGCGCUGGAGAGCUUCCCGAGUGGACAUUCGACGGCGGCGUUUGCUGGGUUUAUCUACUUGUAUUUCUAUUUGAAUGCGAAGUUGAAGGUGUUUGCGAAUUAUCAUCCGCAUUUCUGGAAGCUCAUCGUCACUUACGCACCUGUCCUCGGCGCUGUGCUGAUUGCUGGCUCGAUGACCAUCUCUGAGUAUCACCAUUGGUACGAUGUGGUCGCCGGUGGCAUCAUUGGUACCGUCAUGGCGGCUUCGGCUUACCGCAUGGUUUAUGCUAGCAUCUGGGAUUUCAGAUUCAACCACAUCCCCAUGACGCGCCACACCCCCUUCAGCUUCGGCGCCGGAGCUGCAGGAGCCGGUGGCUUCGAAACCGCGGUCUUCACGCGCCGAGCAGGUUGGGGCACAGAGGAGGCCUUCGGCGGUGCACCGUUCGAUGCAGCAUACCACCUGCGAGGCCAGGUCAACGGCUUCAACACUGGAGUCCACAAUCAUUCCGAGAAGGGUGAUCACACUGGAAUCGGCGGCCAUCACCACAACAGCGACAAGCACGGUCUCGGCCACCACAACAAUGUAGACGAUGGCAACUACCGCCGUGACGACAUUGAGCACCACGCCGGAACGACUGGUGGGACGACCGGCGGACCUUUGACCGGUAACAAUACUGCUGGCGCGACAGGCAACACCACAGCUCUCGAUCACAACGCCGGCGUCCACCGCGACACCACCAUUGAUCAGCCUCGUCGUACCCUAGAUCCUAGUAACCAGAGCGGCUACCGUAGCUCGCAUGACGGGCAUAGGAGCGAUCACUCACUCGGUCGCGGAGCAGGCAAUAACAACGUCAAUCGUGAUGGCAUGAUCGACAUGAACAACCAGAACGAUUCCUAUAAUUCCGGGAAUGUGAGUGAUGGGAGCAAUCGGUACCGUCAGCAUAGAGGCAGUACGGAGCGGAGGGCGGUCGUUGCUGGUGGUCCUGGGGGGAGUGCGCCGAGUCAGGCGCUGUGA